UUUUCUUCAGAGAAGCAGAAGGACCGCGAGGACCUGAGUCACCCUGUUCACGUGGACAACUGUCUGCUGGUCUCUGAGCUUAACGAGUGUGUAAAGGAACCUCCUGCAUACACACACAGAGACUUCAGUGCCAUCCUUUAUCUAAACAAUGACUUUGAGGGAGGAGAAUUCAUUUUCACUGAGUUGGACGCAAAAACAGUCACGGCCGAGGUGCGGCCACAGUGCGGCCGCGUGAUCGGGUUCGGAGCCGGGCAGGAAAACCCCCACGGCGUCAGAUCCGUCACCAAAGGCCAGAGGUGCGCUGUGGCGCUGUGGUUCACCCUGGAUCCUGCUCACGAGGAAAAGGAGAGAAUCCAAGCUCAGGAUAUGCUGAAGAUGUUUUCUACCCCUGUAAACGCGGAGUUCAUUAAAAACGAGGCGAGCGCCCCCUCCGAGCCCGAACCUCCCGCACAGGCUGUCCCCGGAAAAGCCGACAGCAAGCAAGAUGACAAACCAGCGGAGCAGAAGCUGGACGCAGCAGUGGAGGCGCAGGCAGACGGACCAGCCGACCCGGCAAAGGACGAAGCAGAGGCGAAGCCGGUCGGCAAAACGAAAGCAGGCGUCAAAGACAAGAAAGCCAAGGCGGCAAACAAAGUAAAACCGGCCGCUAAAAAAGAUGGGAAACAGACGGUUGAAACGCCAGCCAAGCAUGCGGUCAAAAAGGAUGCAAAGACGGUAAAAGUUGCCACCGAGAAGGACUCCAAAAGAGCCAAAGCCGACGCCACGUCGGACUCAGACUCUGAGAAAGACCAUCAGGAGCUGUGAUCCAACCGGCGCCUCUGACGGUGUCUAUUUUCCUACUAUUUUCUACUUCUCUGUGGGCGGUCGAAUGAAUGAAAAGUUGAGUUAGUUGAAUGCCGUUUCACCGCAGACGUCACCAAAUUCAUCACAUGACUGCUCGACAAUCAAACUGACAAUCUGCUAGAGUGCCCGAAUCACUGGAACCACCUUUUUGUUUCGGGCGUAGAAGUUUUUUAUGUAUAGAUGGUACCCUCCUUAAUCUCCGUUUGGAUGGUCCGUAUUUUAUUUUUGUUUGUGAUGACGUGUUCUGGAACCAAGCGAAGGCUAAAGGGCCAGGGGGGAUGUGAGGGAGUGUGUGUGUGUGUGUGUGUGUGUGGGGGGGGGGGGGGAUAUGAGCAGAACCUUUUGUUGGGAAAAACUCAGAUCAAUCUUGUGAAAAAAUACAUAAUAAAAGUGAUGUUUUCUACA